AUGAAACGUCGCUCGGAAGAAGCCUAUCGCAAACCACCCAGCCACCACAGCUCCAGCAGCGGAGCCAGUACUGUCAAGAGACCAUGUUCGAAACAAAAGUUCGUCUACAAUCGUCCCAAGCCCGACAUCCUGCAGAGUAUAUUGCGUUCGAAGGCAAAUCCAGAAUACAAUUCACGACGUCUCUGGUAUGAAUUGAAUAUGCCAGAAUGUACAAGUGAAAUAUUAGAUGGAAGAAUGCUAUCAACCAGCAUACCUGAUAGUCUUCUAUGUCAUACCAAGGAAAUGCGUUGCAAACGUAGGAUACAAACCAAAAAGAAAGAAAGUGAGUAUGAAGACAUUGUUCGACCUUCUUACAUGCAAAUGCGUUUGGAACGAGAAAACUUUCGCAAAAAGUUAGUCGAAUUAAUUGCCCGUAAAGAUGAUGAUGAUGAUGGAAAUACUGCUGCCGUUGGAGGCUCUAGUGCCAAUGCCAUUGAUUUGGAAGCUGAAUUUCCCAACAAAGAUGAAAAGGAAGUUUUACGUUAUUACUAUUACAUUAAACAUGGCAUCGAUACCAUACACGUUUCGCCCAUGAGCAAAAAAGUGUUGAAUAGAAUUAAAAGUCAAAUACCAGCUGUUUUAAAUAAAUGGGCCACUGCCCUUAAUGAAAAUAUCGAUGAGAUAAAAUCCGAUUAUGUGUUUGCCAUGAAAAAGGCAGUUAUUGAUUUUGUUUUACAAAACUCUUUGAUCAAAUUGAAAAAAGAUGCGCAAUUGGAAUUAACGGCGGAAAGGAAGGAGGCGAAUAGAAUGUUUAAUAGAUGGCGGUAUCGGUUUGAUGAAAAUCGCUGUCGUCUUAGAAAAACUCUAUUCUGUAUACAUCGUUCAGUGGCCAGCAUCUUGGAACUUUGGAAUACAAAAUAUAAAGAACUUACUUUGGUUGAUGCUAAAGAACUGUCUAAAGUGGAGACACCUUUUGAGAUAUUUGAAUUUGCGUACACCGUUGGAAAACACAUUGAUAAUACCAAAAACCUUUUGGCAAAUCAGUGGUAUGGAGAAAUUCAUAGCAUUUUACUUAAGGCCAGUUUAAAGGGCAUUUUGCCAGAUGUUCGAAAACUAAGACUAAUACAACGUUUCUAUAAUUGUGUGGCAGCCCUAAUGACCCAACAAUUGGAAGAUAUGUGCAUCAGGAGUUUGAAUACAUUUGCCGAUUUUAUAUGUGAUUAUGGAAAAACUAAUCCGGGCUUCAAAAUAUCUCUGAUGCUAGAAGAUGAAGAUGUUAUUGUUUUCAAUCCAAAUUUCUCCAAAAUACAAAGUGAAAUGACACGCAUUAUUGAUGCCAUAGUCUUGGCCAUACAAAAUCUGCCACGCAUUGAGAGUAAACUGUACACAGAUCUAAGGCUUACAGAGAAAACCUGUUUAACGCCUGCCAUACCCGAUUCCAUAAUAGCCGAUACCCGCAAUCGUAUUUGUGCCCUGUUGGAGGAGCAAAGAAUUGGCCCCGAAUUGAGACUACAAGAUUUUGAUAAAUACAUUGAUUUAAUGAAUGGCAAAGAUUCCGAAAGAAUAUCGCGAUUUAUGCAUGGUGAUCCUGCGUUUGAGUCAUUUUGCGAUAUGGUGUAUCAUUAUCGGGACAAGGAAAAUCAAAUAGCUAAAGAUGUCUGGGGUGUUAUACGCAUGGGUCUAUAUGAAUUUCAUCGUGAGAAGUUUAUUGCAAAUUUGGAAACAUUUGGCCGUUUUAUGCAAGAACAAUUGCUUACACGUAUGGUCAAUGAUCAGCAAGCCAAGAUCUCUAAAUUGGGCAAGGAAUAUGAGUCUAUUGCUAAAAAGGCUUUAACUAUACCCAAAGAUACUGCCGAACUGAUGAGUUUAAAAGCCUAUGUCAUAAAUACCGAGGAAAAUGUGGUGCCCGAAAUGGAGCAAAGGCUGCGUGUUAAUAUGGGCCAUAUUCUUUGGCUAAUGGAUCAUACUCUUUAUUCGCCCCUGCAAAUAAAAAACAAUAGCAACACCUUUCAAUGGUAUUUAAAGCUGCCCUCUAUUUUUGAAGAGCAUCGCCUAAUAAUAGCUGAUAAAACCAUAGAGUAUCAGGAAUUAUUAAAGAAGCGAAUUGAAGCCUUUAGAAGAGAAUUACAAACCUAUUUCGAGCAGGUGCAAACCUAUGAUGAAUGGGGUGAUAUCAAGCAGUUAUCGAAAUAUAAACGUAAAGCCCAGCUUUUAGAUAAUCGUUUGGUUACCGCUAUGGACACCAUAGAUCUUAUAAAUGAAGAGGAAAUUUCCUAUGGCUGGGAGUUAUCUCAGUAUAUUAUUAGGAAAAAAGCUCAUGAUCAAUUGAAACCCUAUAAAUCCCUCUUCGAUGCUGGCCAGGAAUUUAUGGAUAAAUAUGAUUUGUGGAUGAACUCACAAGUGGGCAGUUUUGAUCCAGAUGAAAUUGACAAUGAUGUGGCUAAUAUAUAUCGUAUAAUACAAAAAUUGGAAAAACAAAUGGGUGAUCAUCCCACUACCAUGAUUUUGAUAAAAGAUAUCAAAGACCAAAUUGAAGCCUUUCGAGAACAUAUGCCCACCAUCAGCACUUUAGGCAAUCCCGGCAUGAAGGCUCGUCAUUGGGAAUUAGUUUCUGAAAUUAUUGGUUUCCCCAUUAAAGUUUCUGCCGACCUAACUUUGGCUCGCAUUAUAGAAUACGGUUUGGAGGAUUAUGUGCCCAAAUUUGAGGCCAUCUCAGAGAGUGCUACCAAGGAGAAUAAUUUGGAAAGAGCCAUGUCGAAAAUGGUAUUGGAAUGGGAGGAUAUAUCGUUUUCGGUGUCACCUUAUAGAGAUUCUGGCACUUACAAACUGGCUGCUGUUGAUGAAAUACAAAUACUUUUGGAUGAUCAGAUUAUCAAAACACAGACUAUGAAGAGUUCUCCUUAUAUUAAGCCAUUCGAAAAGGAUAUACUAAAAUGGGAGGCCAAAUUAAUACUAUUGCAAGACAUAUUAGAUGACUGGUUAAAAGUUCAGGCAACUUGGAUGUACUUGGAGCCCAUAUUCUCAAGUCCAGAUAUACAACAACAAAUGCCGGAAGAAGGAAGACGUUUUAGUGCAGUGGAUAAGAUUUGGAAAGAAUUAAUGAAGCAAGUUAAUAGUGACUCCAGAGUAAUGACAGUGGUGGAAAUAAAUAAAAUGUCGGAGAAUCUGAAAAAGGCCUAUAACCUCUUGGAGAUAAUACAAAAGGGCUUAAAUGCGUACCUCGAAAAGAAACGUUUAUAUUUUCCACGUUUCUUCUUUCUCUCCAAUGAUGAGCUGUUGGAAAUUCUUUCCGAAACUAAAGACCCGACACGUGUACAACCUCAUUUGAAAAAAUGCUUUGAGGGUAUUGCUACUCUAAAAUUCACCGAAGAGUUAGAGGUUACGGUAAUGCGUUCCUCAGAACGUGAGGAAGUGGAAUUGGUUGAUAUUAUAUCCACCGCCAAAGCCAGGGGACAAGUAGAAAAAUGGUUGCUGGAAUUAGAGAUUGAUAUGAAGAAGAGCAUUCAUAAGAAAAUGAGUGAAGCCUUUUAUAGUUAUCCCCAAAGUAUAAGACAUGAAUGGGUAUUGGUGUGGCCGGGUCAAUGUGUCCAAUCUAUUUCUCUGACCUAUUGGACUUUAUACAUCACAGAGAGUUUUAUGUCCGAGAAUCCUAGAAAGAGUUUACAAAACUAUUUACAGACAAAUGUGGAACAAAUUUUAAAAAUUGUUGAUUUGGUGAGGGGCGAUUUGAGUAGUCAAAAUCGCAUUACAUUGGGGGCCUUGGUGGUGUUGGAUGUACAUGCAAGAGAUGUGUUGGCGGAAAUUGUGGAGAAACAGGUGUCGGAAUUAAAUGAUUUCCAAUGGUUGUGCCAGCUGCGUUAUUAUUGGGAGGAAAAUAACUUGGAUACUCGCAUGAUUAAUUGUUCUUUGAAAUAUGGCUACGAGUAUUUGGGCAACACUACCCGCUUGGUUGUCACUCCACUAACAGAUCGUUGUUAUCGUACUUUGUUUAGUGCUUUGCAUUUGCAUUUGGGUGGAGCUCCCGAAGGACCAGCUGGUACUGGCAAAACAGAGACUACCAAAGAUUUGGCCAAGGCAGUGGCCAAACAAUGUGUGGUUUUCAAUUGCUCGGAUGGUUUAGAUUACCUGGCCCUGGGUAAAUUCUUUAAAGGCUUAGCUUCUUGUGGAGCUUGGUCCUGUUUCGAUGAAUUUAAUCGCAUUGAUUUGGAGGUGUUAUCCGUGGUGGCUCAACAAAUUCUAACCAUACAAAGGGGCAUAAAUUCGGGCAGUCCUACAAUGGUUUUCGAAGGCACUACCUUAACUUUGGAUCCUACUUGUGCUGUGUUCAUAACCAUGAAUCCGGGUUAUGCUGGAAGAUCGGAGUUACCAGAUAAUUUGAAGGCUUUAUUCCGUUCUGUGGCCAUGAUGGUGCCAGAUUAUGCUCUCAUUUCGGAAAUUGAAUUAUAUUCCUGUGGUUUUUUAACCGCCAAACCUUUGUCAGUGAAAAUUGUGGCCACUUAUCGCUUGUGUUCCGAGCAAUUAAGUACCCAGUGUCAUUAUGAUUAUGGCAUGCGUGCUGUCAAGUCGGUGCUUAAAGCUGCUGGCGCUUUAAAACUUCGUUAUCGUGAUGAAAAUGAAGACAUUUUAGUCUUACGCUCUAUUAAGGAUGUUAAUUUGCCCAAAUUUCUUAGUCAAGAUGUACCACUAUUUCAUGGCAUUACCUCGGAUUUGUUUCCGGGCACUGUUUUGCCAGAAUCGGAUUAUGUGGUGCUUAACGAAUGCUGUAAGCUGGCUUGCGAGAAGAACAACAAGCAAUGCACCGAUUUCUUUUUGGAGAAAGUUCAACAGUUGUAUGAAAUGAUUGUGGUAAGACAUGGUUUAAUGUUGGUAGGUUUGCCUUUUGGUGGCAAGACAACAUGUUACAGAAUACUGGCCGAAACUCUGGAGUGUAUGGAAAAGAGGAAUGCCGGUGAGAAUCGUGCAGUUUUUACCGUUAUCAAUCCUAAAGCUAUUACCAUGGGUCAAUUAUAUGGCCAAUUCGAUAUGGUAUCUCAUGAAUGGAGUGAUGGCGUUCUAGCUGUAAACUAUAGACAAUUCGCUGUCUCCGAAACACCAGAUCGUAAAUGGUUAAUAUUUGAUGGUCCUGUGGAUGCUAUUUGGAUUGAAAACAUGAACACUGUGUUGGAUGACAAUAAAAAAUUGUGUCUAAUGUCUGGAGAAAUCAUACAACUAUCACCCACUACUAAUUUAAUAUUUGAACCCAUGGAUUUGGAAGUUGCCUCUCCGGCCACUGUUUCUCGUUGUGGUAUGAUUUACUUAGAGCCCUCUUCGUUGGGCUGGGAGCCAUUGGUGACUUCAUGGAAAAAUAAAUUACCCGCAAAUUUCCAUGCUGUGGCUAAACAAUUGAUAACAGCCUUGGUGAAUAGAUUUUGCCCUAUACUUCUGUAUAUAGUGAGAAAAGCCAGUCUAUUUGAAAUUGCUACCACCUCAGAUGCCAAUUUGAUGACUUCACUAAUGAAUAUAUUCGAUUGUUUUCUGGACGACUUUAAAGAUGAGAAAUAUGUGCAAAAUAUAUCAGAUUUGGAUAUGAGAGCACAAAUUGAGGGAGUAUUUUUAUUUUCCUGCAUUUGGUCUAUUGGUGGUGCUUUGGAUGCCAAUAGCAGGGAUAAAUUUAAUUUGGUUUUUCGUGCUUUAAUGGAAAAGAAUUUUCCAGAGAAUCUGUAUGAGAACUUUGGCAUACCCGAAGAGUUACAUGUACCCGUGUUAGCAAAACCCUUUAUAUUUCCCAUACCUAAGCAAGGUUCGGUAUUUGAUUAUAGAUUUAUUAAAGAGGGCAAAGGAAAAUGGAGAGCUUGGCAAGAUGAUGUCACCGCAGCCCCUCCUAUACCCAGAGAUAUACCCGUUAAUCAAAUCAUUAUUACCACCAAUGACAAUGUACGCAUGACAAUGCUAUUGGAUCUUUUGGUGAGACAUUCCAAACCUGUCAUGUUUGUGGGUCCCACCGGUACCGGCAAGAGUUGCUACAUUAUUGAUUACAUGCUCAAGAAAAUGGAUUUGAAUGUCUUUAAACCGUUACUCAUAAAUUUCUCAGCCCAAACCUCGGCCAAUCAGACUCAAGAUAUUGUCAUGUCCAAAUUGGACAAAAGGCGUAAGGGUGUAUUUGGGCCUCCUUUAAAUAAGAAAUUCGUUAUAUUUGUGGAUGAUGUGUCCAUGCCUUUGAAGGAGAACUACGGAGCCCAACCGCCCAUAGAACUAUUGCGCAUGAUGUUGGAUCAUUGGAUGUGGUAUGAUCGUAAAUCUAUACUACCCAUGAAACUAAUAGAUCUGCAAAUGAUUUGUGCCAUGGGACCACCUUCCACGGGCAACACUGUAACGCCCCGCUACCAGCGACACUUCAAUGUGCUUGCCAUCGAUGAAUUUAAUGAUGACAUCUUAAAGACCAUCUUCAGUAAAAUUGUUUUGUGGCAUUUGGAUACAAGAGGAUUUUCCAAAGAAUUCGAUCCUUGUAUUGAUGAAAUCGUGGACGCUACUUUAAAAAUCUACAAUCGAGCUAAACUGAAUCUCUUACCCACACCCGCUAAAUCUCAUUAUCUUUUCAAUUUACGUGACUUUGCACGCGUUAUACAAGGUGUCUUGCUGUCGGUACCCGAAGCCACCGAAGAUAUGAAUUCCAUGAGACGGCUGUGGGUUCAUGAAGUUCAAAGAGUUUAUGGUGAUCGUUUGGUUGAAGACGGAGAUCGUUCCUGGCUGUUCCAGGCUCUAUGUGAGCAAAUGCAAGAAAGCUUUAAUACCCCACCCGAUUUCCUAUUCGAACGUUUAGUACAAAAGGGCGAAAAGCUGACAGAGGCCGACUUUAGACGUUUAAUAUAUUGUGAUUUUACAAAUCCCAAAGCGGAUACCAAGAAUUACAUAGAAGUCCAAGAUUUGGAGGAGUUGCGUAAUGUGGUUGAAGCCUAUUUGGUGGAGUAUAAUAAUAUGUCAAAGAAACCCAUGAACUUGGUACUCUUUCGGUUUGCCGUGGAACAUUUAUCGAGAAUCUGUCGCAUAAUAAAGCAGCCACGUAGUCAUGCUCUACUGAUUGGGGUCGGUGGAUCCGGACGUCAGAGCUUAACACGUUUGGCUUCGCAUAUAUGUGACUAUGAGUUGUUUCAAGUUGAAAUAUCUCGAUUAUAUGGACCCAAUGAAUGGCAUGAAGAUAUCAAGGUUAUAUUGCGUAAAAUAAGCUCCUCCGAAAUGCAUGGAGUGUUUUUGUUUACAGAUGUACAGAUCAAAGAUGAAUCAUUUUUGGAGGAUAUUAAUAAUUUACUUAACUCGGGCGAAGUACCCAAUUUGUUUUCCAACGAAGAAAAAGUCGAAGUGGUGGAGAAAAUGGCUCAAAUUGAUAAGCAACGCGAUAAGGCUGUACAAACUGAUGGUAGUCCGGUGGCUUUAUUCAAUUUCUUUGUGACAACCUGCAAGGACCAACUACACAUUGUCUUGGCUAUGUCUCCCAUUGGCGAAGCCUUACGUGUACGCAUACGUAAAUUUCCCUCUAUUGUUAAUUGCUGCACCAUCGAUUGGUUUCAGGCUUGGCCUGAAGAUGCUCUUUUAGCUGUUUCUACACGAUUUUUAGCUCAAGAAGAUUUAACCGUUUUAGAGCGAAAGGCAUCUAUUGAUAUGUGCAUGGAGUUUCAUACGUCCACACAAUCAUUGUCGGAAGCUUUCUAUUUGAGAUUGAAGAGACAUAAUUAUGUUACGCCUACUUCAUAUUUGGAAUUGAUACAAACCUUUAAAACUUUGCUGAAUAAAAAGAGAACUUCCAUUAUGACCAAUAAAACUCGCUAUCUUACCGGCAUUUCUCAAUUGGACAUCGCAGCGCAGCAAGUAGGUGUUAUGCAAGAACAAUUGGUUGCCCUGGAGCCUAAACUUAAAGCAGCAUCCGAAACUGUGGCCAUACAAGUGGCCAAGGUAACGGAAGACAGUAAAGCGGCCGAAGAACAAAGAGAAAUGGUGAAAAAAGAUGAAGCUGUCGCCACUGAACAAGCGGAAGUAGCACAAGCCAUCAAAGAUGAAUGUGAUGCCAAAUUGGGUGAGGCUUUGCCCAUAUUAAAUGAUGCUAUGGCAGCCUUGAAUACUCUGACCACAGCCGAUAUUGCGGUGGUCAAGACUAUGAAAAGUCCUCCCAUAGGUGUGCGUAUUGUUAUGGAAGCAGUGUGCAUUUUAAAAGAAGUUAAGCCGGAACGUGUUGCCAAUCCUAGUGGUGUGGGCAUGAUUGAGGACUAUUGGGGUCCUUCGAAGAGAGUCUUAAGCGAUAUAAAGUUUCUGGACAGUUUGUUGAACUUUGAUAAGGAUAAUAUACCGCCUGCGGUAAUGAAAAAGUUGCAAGAGCGUGUUUUAAGCAAUGAAGCUUUUGAUCCAGAUAAAAUACGUUCUGCUUCGACGGCCUGUGAGGGUUUGUGUAGAUGGGUUAUAGCCUUGACCAAAUACGAUGUGGUGGCUAAGGUGGUGGCACCAAAGAAGAUAGCUUUAGCUGAGGCCCAAGCUACUUAUAAUGCAGCUCAAAAAACCUUGAAUGAAAAGUUGGCCCAAUUGGCACGGGUGGAAGCUAAUUUGGCAGCCAUACAAAAAGUUUUGGAUAAACAGUUAAAGGAAUAUGGUGUUUUACAAGCUGAACAUGAAGCCUGCACUAAAAAAUUGCAACGUGCUCAGGAAUUAAUCUCUGGUUUGGGGGGAGAACGUACCAGAUGGUCUGAAACGGCCAAACAACUGGGACGAACUUACAAUACCUUAACGGGAGAUGUCUUAAUCUCUUCUGGUGUGGUGGCCUAUCUGGGACCCUUUACCAUAGACUAUCGCGUCGAACAAAUACGUAAAUGGGCCGAGAAAUGUGCUUCAUUCGGCAUAGUUUGCAGUCAGGAUUUUCAAUUGCUGAAUGUGCUGGGCGAGCCAGUAGAAAUACGCAACUGGAAUAUCUGUGGUCUACCAACAGAUUCAUUUUCCAUUGAAAGUGCCAUAAUGAUGCAAAAUGCUCGCCGUUGGCCACUUAUGAUUGAUCCACAAGGCCAGGCCAAUAAGUGGAUUAAAAAUCUUGAAAAGAAUAAUCGUCUAUGUGUAAUUAGGCUUAAUCAACCCGAUUAUACCAGGGUACUGGAAAAUGCCAUACAAUUUGGUCUACCCGUGCUGCUGGAGAAUAUAGGAGAAGAAUUGGAUCCUUUACUAGAAUCGAUUUUACUUAAACAGCUUUUUAAGCAAGGCGGUACAUUGUGCAUUAAGCUGGGCGAUUCGGUUAUAGAAUAUAACCACAGUUUUAAAUUCUAUAUGACCACAAAAUUACGCAAUCCCCACUAUUUGCCCGAGGUUGCAGUGAAAGUAACACUUUUAAAUUUCAUGAUCACCACACAAGGUUUGCAAGAUCAGCUGCUGGGCAUUACCGUGGCUAGAGAACGACCCGAUUUGGAGGCCGAAAAGAAUACGCUUAUUGUACAGGGUGCUGAAAAUAAACGAAUGUUAAAAGAAACCGAGGAUCAAAUAUUGGAGGUUCUGUCGUCGGCUGAGAAUAUUUUAGAAGAUGAAACUGCUGUACAAAUUCUAAGUUCAUCGAAGGCUUUGGCCAAUGAUAUCAAUGAGAAACAAGUGAUAACCGAGGCCACCGAAAAACAAAUUGAUAUAGCACGUUUGAGUUAUGUGCCAAUAGCUGAACAUUCAACAAUAUUAUUUUUCACUAUUGUUGAAUUGGCCAAUAUUGAUCCAAUGUAUCAGUACAGUUUAGCCUGGUUUGUGUCACUGUUCACAGCAUCCAUUGACAAUACGGAAAAAGUUGAUGACAUAACGGAGCGUCUAAACGAUUUACGGGCACAUUUUACAUACAGUCUCUACGUGAAUAUAUGUCGCAGUUUGUUUGAGAGAGAUAAACUACUGUUUUCAUUAAUUUUGAAUAUAAAUCUUAUGAAGUCAGAGGGUAAAAUCGAUAAUGCCGAAUGGAUGUUUUUGCUAACGGGCGGCAUUGGUUUGGACAACCCGCACAAAAAUCCUGCCAAAUGGUUGGGCAUACAAAGUUGGAAUGAAAUAUGUCGUUUAUCUGAGUUGAGCAAUUUCAAAGGAUUACGUGAAGAUGUGGUGGCCAAUUUAGAGCAAUGGAAAUUGUUAUUUGACUCAGCUACACCGCAAGAUAAUGAGGCCAUACCAUUGCAGUGGCAAAAACGACUGACUUUAUUUCAAAAAUUACUGCUUUUACGAGUUUUUCGGCCGGAUAAAUUGGUGCCAGCAAUAUUGGGUUUUGUGGCCGCUGAAAUGGGUCAAAAAUUUGUGGAUCCUCCCCAGUUUGAUUUGGCAGCCUCAUUUGCCGACUCUCACUGCUGUAUUCCCCUAAUAUUUAUAUUGACUCCGGGUUCAGAUCCCACAGCUACCUUGCUGAAAUUUGCCGAUGAACAGGGUUUUGGCAGUAACCGUUUGUUUUCUUUGUCCCUGGGCCAGGGACAGGGUCCCAUAGCUGUGAAAAUGAUAGAUGAAGGUGUUAAAUUGGGCAAUUGGGUGGUUUUACAAAACUGUCAUUUAGCCAAGAGUUUUAUGCCUCAAUUGGAGAAGAUUUGUGAGGGCAUGGUACCCGAUUCAACACAUCCUGAUUUUCGUUUAUGGCUGACCUCCUAUCCGGCCGACCAUUUCCCGGUGGUGGUACUGCAAAAUGGCAUAAAAAUGACCAAUGAGCCUCCCAAAGGUUUAAGAUCCAACAUUGUGCGAUCCAUGCUAUCAGAUCCCAUAUCAGAUCCUGAGUGGUAUGAGUCCUGCAAACAAAAUCAGACCUUUAAACAAUUGAUCUAUUCGCUGUGCUUCUUUCAUGCCGCCAUACAAGAACGCCGCUAUUUUGGUCCCAUAGGCUGGAAUAUUCCCUAUGAAUUCAAUGAAACCGAUUUGCGUAUAAGUUUAAUGCAACUGAAAAUGUUUUUGGAUCAAUAUGAGGGCGUCAACUAUGAUGCUUUGAGAUAUUUGACGGGCGAGUGCAAUUAUGGUGGACGUGUUACUGAUGACUGGGAUCGACGCACUUUAAAGACUAUUCUAAAUAGAUACUAUUGCUCGGAAGUGUUGGAUUUGGAAACACCUUUCUAUUUCGAUGAUAAGCAAAUCUAUUAUAUACCUGUAUUCAAAGAAGUGGAAAAUUAUAUCAACUAUACUAAGGAAUUGCCACAACAAACUGUGCCCGCCAUAUUUGGUUUUCAUGCUAAUGCUGAUAUUAUGAAGGAUCAACAGGAAACGGAUAUGUUGCUGGGUCAUACGUUAUUAACACAGGAUACAUCGGCUGAGGCAAACGAUGGUGAUGGUGAGGAAGGCGGAGAACGUUUGUCACCUGAGGAGGUUGUCAUCAAUGUGGCUAGCGAUAUAUUGCAACGUUUGCCCAAAGAUUUUGAUCGUGAUGCCGCCCUUUAUCGUUAUCCCACCAGUUAUCAUCAGAGUAUGAAUACGGUGUUGGUUCAGGAAAUGGUGCGUUUUAAUGUGCUUUUGUCGACAAUACGUUCCAGUUUGGUGACUUUACGCAAGGCUAUUAAAGGUUUAGUUGUUAUGUCUGCUGCCUAUGAGUCGGUUUACAAAUCGAUUUUAAUCAGUAAAAUCCCAGCUAUGUGGGCUUCCAAAUCUUAUCCCAGUUUAAAGCCUUUAGGUGCUUACAUCACUGAUUUCCUGCGCCGUUUAGCAUUUUUACAGAAAUGGUACGAAGAAGGUCCGCCCACCACCUACUGGCUAUCGGGAUUUUUCUUUACUCAAGCCUUUCUGACAGGUGCCCAGCAAAAUUUUGCCCGCAAAUAUGUCAUACCCAUCGAUUUACUGGUUUUCGAUUAUGAAGUCUUACGCAUUGAAGAGGAUCAAAUGGCCAAUAUAACUGCUCCCGAAGAUGGUGUUUAUGUGUAUGGUAUAUUUUUAGAGGGUGCCCGAUGGGAUCGUAUUGAAAACUAUUUAGCCGAAUCUCAACCUCGUGAACUAUUCGAUCGUAUGCCUUUAAUAUGGAUGAAACCUGUAAAGAAGUCCGAUCUUAAAGCCAGACAUAUUUAUGUCUGUCCUCUCUACAAAACAUCAGAAAGGAGGGGAGUGCUCUCAACCACGGGUCAUAGUACAAAUUUUGUAGUGGGCAUGCUACUGGAAUGUAAUCCCAAGACUGACAGCUCUCACUGGAUUAUAAGAGGCACUGCUUUGCUGUGCCAGUUGAGUUUUUAA